AGUAACACAGUGAGGACACUAAGAACAACGAGAUAAUCUCAAAUACAAUGGGAAAAUCACGUGACAUUAACUUUUUAAAAGGUAACUUCAGCAACUUCGGUGAAACCAACAGUGACAUCAGGAAGCCAAGCCACAACUGCCGUAUCAUGAGCCAGGACAUGUGGUGGGGCGCGAUUGGUUCCUCGUUCACCGUCUUCAUUGGAGGCAUGCUGUUUAUCCUCUUAUAUAGAGGCCUGAGGACUGCUUGUGAUCUAUUAUCUGGAUUUACUCAUGGACAUAAAACAAAGUGGGCAAGAAGGAAAAGACAAAGUCAUGAAAUCACUAUCACUGGAAAGCACAAGAUCAGCAACGUUGUCCUGGAGAAACGAGUUCAGGGAUUGACACCGGAGGAGAUUGCACGCCUGAAUGCCACAGAAACUUCAAAAAUAAGGGAUGUCGAUCUGAUGCACGCAGUCCAGGAAUGGGCACAGCGAAUGAUAUCAGCUCAGUCUCUGAUUGGCCAAGGGCUUGUGAGUAACAAGAAUGAGAAGUUUCACCUGAGACACCUAGACUUAAAAUCAGACUUCAAACAGGGCUCUGUAAUGAUGGUAUUCUUACUGAGCUUUGGCUCCCUUUUCAUCUACUUCGUCACAUCAAUAGAGAGUAAUGAAAGCACAAAAGUGGUUCUGAGCACUCUACAGAUGGUUGAUCUAUGCUUUAAUGCAUUCUUUUUAUUUUACUUUGGAAUGCGUCUGGCAGUUACUGGGAGACUUUGGCCUGAAGAUUACCUGUUUGUUAUUUAUCCACAACAGUUCAUUGCAGCACAAGACAAGUUUCAGUUCUGGUUUGAGCUCAACUCUGUCGUGGACUUCUUCACUAUCCCUCCAGUUAUCGUCGCACUCUAUUUCCGUAAGGACUGUAUUGGCUUGAGGUUCAUGAGGUCUCUUCGCUUGCUGCAAUUACCUGAAAUCCUACAAUACCUCCGGAUUCUGAAGAGAAAUUCAAAAAUCAAAUUGGCAAGUCUGCUGUCUGUGUUUCUGGGCACAUGGUUCACGGCUGCUGGCUUCAUACACAUAAUUGAAAAUUCAGGAGACCCCUGGCUCACAGAACCCAAUGAACAAAGUUUAACCUACUGGCAGUGUGUCUAUCUCCUCAUGGUCACCAUGUCUACUGUCGGAUAUGGUGACUUGAUUGUCAAAACUACAGUCGGCCAGGUCUUCAUGGUAUUCUUCAUCAUUUUGGGCUUGGCUUUAUUUGCGAGUCAUGUCCCUGAGAUUAUAGAAAUUAUUGGGAGCCAUCGGAAAUAUACUGGGAAAUACAGCCACUUCACAGGUAAAAAAUAUGUUAUAGUCUGUGGUCACAUUACUCGGAACAGUAUCCAUGAUUUUCUGAAGGAUUUCACUCGUAAAGAAAAAGAGGAAAGUUUAACAGACAUUGUAGUUAUGGAGAACUUUAACCCUGGCCUUGAGCUUCAGGCCUUGUUCAAACGACACACAACUCAGAUGAAGUUUUUCCAAGGAUCAGUACUCAGCCCCAGUGAUUUGGACAGGAUUCGGCCGGACAAUGCAGAUGCCUGUCUAAUUUUGGCAGACAAAAACUGCCUGAAUCCUGAAGCGGAAGAUUCUGCAAAUAUCAUGAGGGCAAUAGCUGUCAAGCAGUACUGUCCUGAAAUAAGAGUGAUUGCCCAGGUACUGCAAUACCACAGCAAGGCCUACUUGCAGAACAUCCCCAGCUGGGACAUGAAGAAGAGAGAUAGUGUGAUCUGCUUGUCGGAGUUGAAAAUGGGAUUUAUUGCUCAAAACUGCAUCGUCCCAGGCUUCUCCACGCUGUUGGCCAAUCUCUUUGUCAAGAACACCCAAGUAGUGCAUAAAACUGGAAACUGGCUCGAAAUCUACAAAGAAGGACUCAGCCAGGAGAUUUACACCGAGUUUCUGUCUGACAGCUUCGUCGGCAUGCCCUUUAAUUCUGUGUGCGAGGUGUGCUAUGUUCGGCUAAAGCUUCUAUUGAUAGCCAUUCAAUAUAGGACCAGCUCAGACAACAUCAGUAUACUGAUCAACCCAGAUCCUAGCAUUCUGAUUCAGGAACAUACUCUCGGGUUCUUCAUUGCCAAGAAACGUACCCUUGUACAAAGAGCAAAUAUAUACUGCAUUGAAUGUCAUCAAGAUAUUGUUGACCCCAGGCGAAUUAAGAAGUGUGGAUGCAAAAGAACAUACGACAAUGAAAAGCUUCAUUAUUCUGUGAUCCGAAGCCAGUCGUUGGGAGUGCUGCCAAGGCAGGGUGCAUCCCUUGAAAAGAUUGAAACAAUGCUAAAUAGAGAGAAGGUGAAAUUGGAUUCCACUGGCAUGUUCCACUGGUGCCCACCAAAGGGCAUCAAUCAAGUCACACUGAAUCGUGCAAUGGCAACGAGACUGCAACUCUCCAGACACGUGAUAGUCUGCAUCUUCGGGGAAGCACAGUACCCUGGGAUAGGGCUGCGCAACUUUGUUAUGCCUCUACGGGCAAGCAGCUUCGCCUACGAUGAACUCAAGGCCAUUGUGUUUGUGGGCUCUCUGGAUUACAUAAACCAGGAGUGGCCAACCAUCAGCAACUUCCCCAAGAUCUUCAUUUUACCGGGCUCACCAUUAUGUCGUGCUGAUUUAAAAGCAGUUGGCAUCAGUUCCUGCGACAUGACCGUCAUUAUCUCAUCAAAUCGGACCAAUUUGCAGGAGAAGACCCUGGAAGACAAGGAGUGUAUCUUAGCAACACUCAAUCUCAAGGCAAUGCUUUUUGAAGAAUCCAUGGACAUCAGUGACAUGUUAUUGGAAUCUGCUGCAGGAAAUGAUCAUCCAAGUGCUGAUAUAUCGACCGUCGAGAACAAGCAUUACUACAGAAUUCCUGUCAUCACCGCACUUGUUCACGAUUCCAAUGUCCAUUUUCUGGAUCAGGAGGAUCGCGACGAUCCCGAUACGGAUCUUUACCUUACACAGCCAUAUGCCAGUGGAUGUGUGUUUGCAUCAAAUAUUUUGAAUUCCUUGAUGUGCACAACAUACUUCAAUGACAACAUUCUGAUGCUGAUACGUACCCUCGUUACUGGGGGUGGGACACCGGAGCUCGAAGAACAGUUGGCUGAUGAGGAUUCCCUGAGGGGUAGUAUCCAUGCUCAGGACAAAGUACAGCAGCGGAACCGUUGCAAGCUAGCACGAAUCACCCUGUGUGACGAGCGCUUUGCAGAGUUUGCUGAUGGAGGAAGGUACAUGGAUCUGUUUUGCAAAGCACUGAAUGUUUAUGGGAUACUUUGCUUUGGAAUAUUUCGAUUGCAAGAUCCAGAAAAGCAAUCAAAGAAGCGAUUUGUCAUCACAAAUCCCUCUCCUUUAUUUGAACUUAAUAUGACGGACUUCAUCAUGUGCACUGUGCCCUUCCACGACACACAAACCAUGGCUACUUCCACCUACUGUCACAGAAAUUACUCUUCCAAGUUUAUUCCAUUGCACACAUUGACCAGAAAACAUUCCAUAAGAUUCACAAAGGUUCCAAAGGAUGGUCAUGAGUCUGAGAGUGAGAAUAGAUUAGUCAAAGAUGAGGAGAAACCAAUUGAGGACAGGCACAUUUUGGGCACAGACAGAGUUUUCGAAGACAAUAGUGCCUCCAAAAACAGGUUAAAAACUUUGGAAAGGGCUGUGAUUGACCAGUGGAAACAUUUCAAAAGAACGACUGAAUUGCACAUGCAUCCAAAGGACAAAACUAAAUCUGUUAACAUGACAGCAACUGAACAAGCAAAGGCAGUGUCAGAAUCCAGUGAAACCUCAUUGGUGAGAAUGUUUGAGGUGCCACCAAAACCUGACAAAGUAACCACAACUGGAAGCUUCGAAAGAGGUUCAAUACAUGAAGAAAUUGUCACUGGACAAUUAGAGAUAACAAAACCUAAUAGCGAAAACAAGAGCAGACAAUCAAAGGAAGAUCAAAAAUCUGGUGAAGAAGCAGUAUUUGAUCAUUCAAAGGAAGAGUUAAAAUCUGCUGAAGAAGCUAUAGCUGAGGAAUCCAGAGAAGACCAAAGAUCUGGUGAAACUGCUCCAGAGUGAAUUUUUCAUGAUAAUUACAUAUGGGUCUGGCAGCAGAUCUACUGCAACCAUUUUUGUGUUUCUCUCACCAUUAACCAAUAAAAUUCUG